AGAUCCUCCAUGUAGAUAUAUAGAUAUGUGGGUUUUCAUCUCCAAGUUCUAUAAAAUAUAAACCAACAGAAAGCCAUACAAAAAGCAGAAAAUCAAAAUCAUGCUAAAAACAGUAACCUUCAAAAGCGGCCAUUGUUGCUGGAUGCUGCUUUCGUUCUUUCUUUCUUUCUUCUUCUUCUUCUUCUUCACUUUCUCAACUUCGAAGUUGGAGAAGAGGGAAAAUGAGGGAAAAACCAAAGAGAAGAAAAAAAAAAAAAAAGGAAAAGGAGAAUUUGGGGAACGUGUGCUCUGGUUUAGCCACGUGGCAAAAUAUCAGUGGUUGGGUACUUUUGAGGAAGGCUGCUUUCUUUCUCUCUCUCUCAUGCGCUGCCAUGUCAGAAGUGAAAACCCCGUCCUAUGACCCCGGCGAAUCCGUAUCGUAUGCUUUCUCUCUCUAAAAAACUCUCUCUAUAUUUAUUUCCAUUUGUUGGCGUGUGCGGAUGUCUCCCUCUUUUCUCCCUUUCUCUCUCAUAUCUCAUAUCGUCUCUCUGCGUUCAUGCCCUAAUUUCUCUACAUAUCCGUCUUACUGGUUCCUCCCUCUCAAUCUAUCUUAGUAUUGGAGAAAAGUUACAAACUUUGUUUUGAUUUUUGAUUGGUGUGAAUGUAAUGCAGUGGAUUGAGAGAUGAAGGAUAGUGGUUCCGCGGCUAGUAAAAUGAUAAACAGAAACUGGGUCUUGAAGCGCAAACGAAAAAAGCUUUUAUAUGGGCGAGUUCUUUCCAAUGGUAAAGAAGAGAAGGUAGCAUCCCCGGAAUCUCCCAGGAAUACUUCUGCUGCUAAACGCAAGCCAAAGAGUGAAUUGAGUUCUGAUAUAUCUUCAUCCAAGAAAAAGGGAAAUGAUGGGUAUUACUAUGAAUGUGUGAUCUGUGACCUUGGUGGCAACUUGUUGUGUUGUGAUAGCUGCCCCCGAGUCUACCAUCUUCAGUGCCUUGAUCCACCUCUUAAGCGCAUUCCAAUGGGGAAGUGGCAAUGCCCUAAGUGCUGCCAAAAAAGUGAUCCGCUUAAGUCAAUUACCCAACUGGAUCCCAUUUCCAAGCGGGCGAGAACAAAACUAAUUGCAGCAAAUUCGAAGACUGGAGUUAGAUCGUCUGACAGUGACAAGGUAUCCCAGCUCUUUGGAACCCCUAUACUUUCCAAACGAAGAUCCUCCAGCAAAGGGAAAUCUGUGUUAACCUUUGGAGUUAAAUCCUGUGUAAAGGAACCAGAUUCUUCCUUGGAUGUAUCUAGUAGCACCAAGCCAAAUGAUCUGCCCCUUGGUGGUUUUAUAGAGGGUACCUCAUCAUUUGUGAACAUUGAUAAUGGAAAGCAACCCGACAUGUCUCCUUCUAUGUCACCUGAUAAGAAGUCAAUUUCUCUUGCUGAGGAAACUUCGUCUCAUUCUAAACUUACAAAAUCAGGGCCAAAUGAUGAAGCAUCUGAUGGGAAGCAUGAGUUGUCUGGCAAUAAUGGAUUGACAGUAAAGAAAAUUGUUCUUGCAAUUGGUGCUGCCACUAAGAAAGACAAAAAAAGAAAACAUGAAGACAUUGAUGGGGACAGUGUAAAGAAGCAUAAGACUGACAAGGGGAAAUGUGCUUCUAAGAAACGGGGAUCAAAAGCCAAUAAUACUACUCCUCCUGGAAGUAGUAAAUUGCAGAAGAAACGGAAAAAAUUGAGUAACGGGGGUUCUACAUCUUUGUCGAAGAAUGAUGUUGGAACCAAGAAUGUAGAUUCGCGGGGAAAGAAUGAGAAGCUUCCUGAGGAACUUGUGCACCCAUCAAAUGAGUCAUGUAAAGCUGGAGGUCAUACAGAUGAAACUCGAAUAUGCGAUGAUGUCGUUAUCCCUGAACUUCUACAGGUCGAUCGAGUUUUGGGAUGUCGAAUUCAAGGUGAUAAUUCAAGUUCUUCACCUUCUGCAUCUUUGAUUGCUACAGAUGACCUGCCUUCUGAUGAAUUGCUUAUUCCAGAAACUCAAAAUAGAGAUGAAAAUUCUAGUUGUGAUAUUGAUUCAGAUGUAGCAGUUGCUGAAAAUCUUGCAGAGGGCUGUCCUGGCAUCGACCAAAUUUUUGACAGGGGUGAAAGCAUGAAGAAUGACAUCAAAGUGGAAAAAAUAAAUGUAUAUAAAAGAUCUGCCAGUAAAGAUUGUAAAGGAGGAAAUUUCAAGGAUAUAGUGGGGAAAGAGGACAAGGGUUCAGAUUCUAAAAGGAUGAAUGUUGAAGACCAAAAAGAGUCUGCAGAAACUAUAGAUUCUCUAAAACAACCUGAAAAGGUGGUGACAGAGGAUAAUAUUGAUUUUUGUUUGAAAAGUCAAGAUGUGGUUGCAGUUUCCAAGGAUCAUGAACCACAUUUAUCUCCUGAAAUCAAAGUCAGAAAAGAAGCAGAUGUUGAAAUGAAAAUGAGAAGUGAAUGUGAAAAUAAAGUUCCAGGGCCUGCCUCAACAGAACAUACAUGUGGUAAUGGGGAUACAAUAUCAUAUGAAUUCUUAGUUAAGUGGAUGGGGAAGUCUCAUAUACACAAUAGUUGGAUUUCUGAAUCUCAGCUGAAAGUUCUUGCAAAGAGAAAACUGGAAAAUUACAAGGCAAAGUAUGGAACAGCGGUUUUAAAUAUAUGUGAGGAAAAGUGGAAGCAGCCUCAGCGAGUAAUUGCUCUACGUGCUUCCAGAGAUGGUACACAGGAAGCUUUUGUAAAAUGGAAUGGCCUUCCUUAUGAUGAAUGCACUUGGGAAAGACUGGAUGAACCUGUUCUGUUAACAUCUCGACAUCUGAUUGAUCUGUUUGAUCAGCUAGAACAGCAAACAUUGGCAAAAGAUUCUACAAAGAGUGAUCUAAAAAUGGGAAGAGUUGAUGGUCAUCAAAAUGAGAUUUGUACUCUCACAGAGCAACCUAAGGAGCUAAAAGGUGGUUCCUUGUUUCCCCAUCAGCUUGAAGCAUUGAAUUGGCUGCGGAAAUGCUGGUACAGAUCAAAAAAUGUGAUCCUUGCUGAUGAGAUGGGGCUUGGGAAAACAGUAUCUGCUUGUGCUUUUAUUUCAUCACUGUAUUUUGAGUUCAAAGCUUCUUUGCCUUGUUUGGUCUUAGUUCCGCUUUCCACAAUGCCUAACUGGGUUGCUGAGUUUGCACUGUGGGCUCCUAACUUAAAUGUCGUGGAAUAUCAUGGGUGUGCAAAAGCUAGGGCCAUAAUUCGCCAAUACGAGUGGCAUGGUAGUGAUCCAAACGAGACUAAUAAGAAAACUGCUGCUUAUAAAUUUAAUGUUCUUUUAACUACAUAUGAAAUGGUUCUUGCCGACUCCUCGCAUUUACGUGGAGUUCCCUGGGAAGUUCUCGUGGUGGAUGAGGGCCACCGUCUAAAGAAUUCAGAGAGCAAGCUGUUUAGCUUGCUCAAUACAUUCUCUUUCCAACACCGUGUUCUCUUGACUGGAACCCCACUUCAAAAUAACCUCGGUGAGAUGUAUAAUUUACUUAAUUUCUUGCAGCCAGCUUCAUUCCCAUCUCUAUCUUCAUUUGAGGAGAAAUUUAAUGAUCUUACAACUGCGGAAAAAGUGGAGGAAUUGAAAAAACUUGUUGCUCCCCAUAUGCUUCGACGGCUUAAAAAGGAUGCCAUGCAAAAUAUCCCUCCCAAGACUGAACGAAUGGUUCCUGUUGAGUUAACUUCUAUCCAAGCCGAAUAUUAUCGUGCAAUGUUAACAAAAAACUAUCAGGUAUUACGGAAUAUUGGAAAAGGUGUUGCCCAACAAUCCAUGCUAAACAUUGUAAUGCAGUUGAGAAAGAUUUGCAAUCAUCCCUAUCUCAUACCAGGCACUGAGCCCGAUUCUGGGUCACUAGAAUUCCUUCAUGAAAUGCGAAUAAAAGCUUCAGCCAAGCUGACUCUUUUGCAUUCCAUGCUAAAAGCAUUCUAUAAGGAAGGCCAUAGAGUUCUUAUUUUCUCACAGAUGACCAAACUUCUAGAUAUACUUGAGGAUUAUUUGACUAUAGAAUUUGGUCCUAAAACUUAUGAGAGAGUGGAUGGAUCUGUAUCUGUCUGUGAUCGUCAAACAGCAAUAUCUCGUUUCAACCAAGAUAAAAGCCGAUUUGUGUUUUUGUUAUCAACGCGGUCUUGUGGCCUUGGAAUUAAUUUGGCAACAGCUGACACUGUCAUCAUUUAUGAUUCUGAUUUCAAUCCACAUGCUGAUAUCCAAGCAAUGAACCGGGCACAUCGUAUUGGACAGUCAAAUAGGCUUUUGGUGUAUCGACUCGUUGUUCGUGCUAGUGUUGAAGAACGCAUCUUGCAGCUUGCUAAAAAGAAAUUGAUGCUUGACCAGCUUUUUGUUAAUAAGUCUGGAACUCAGAAGGAAGUGGAAGAUAUUCUACGGUGGGGAACAGAGGAACUUUUUAGUGAUUCUUCUAGCAUCAAUGGGAAAGAUACUGGUGAAGGUAAUAACAACAGAGACGACCUUGUAACAGAUAUAGAGCAAAAGCAGAGGAAAAGGAGUGGUGGCCUAGGGGAUGUUUACAAGGAUAAAUGUACAGAUGGUGGCAGCAAGAUUGUCUGGGAUGAAAAUGCAAUUGCAAAAUUGCUUGACCGUUCAAAUCUUCAGUCGGGGACAGCCGAUGUUGCCGAAGUGGAUUUUGAGAAUGACAUGCUUGGCUCUGUAAAGUCAGUGGAAUGGAAUGAUGAAACAACAGAAGAGCAAGUUGGAGCCGAAUCACCUUCUGUCAUGGCUGAUGAUGUUUCCGGACAAAAUCCCGAGAGGAAAGAGGAUCCAAUCACUGUAACUGAAGAAAAUGAAUGGGACAGGCUUCUGCGCUCAAGAUGGGAGAAAUAUCAAAAUGAGGAGGAAGCAGCUCUUGGUCGAGGAAAGCGCCUGAGGAAAGCUGUUUCUUACAGGGAAGCUUAUGCUCCGCAUCCGAGUGAAACAUUGAGUGAGCAGAGUGCUGGUGAAGAGGAACGCGAGCCAGAGCCGGAGCCAGAGCGCGAAUAUACACCAGCUGGACGAGCUUUGAAAAUGAAGUAUGCUAAACUUCGUGCUAGACAAAAACAACGGCUUGCGCAACGGAAUGCUUUUGAAGAAUACUGCCUCAAUGACGGGGUUCCUAUACCUGAGUCACAUCCUCAAUCUCAUUGUCCACCCGCCAAUGAGAGAGACAAGGAUCGAGCGAUGGAGUUGGUUCAAAAUGUCAGAGAGAAGUCUUCAGUAAUUGACUUGGAGGAUAAUAAAUUCCCACAGCCAUUUGAUACAUCAAAGACUAAGGCUGAUUCAACCUUAAGGCUGGGUCGGAUUGCAAAGCAUAAAAUGAGCAGUCAUCUGGAUCUCUCCGUUAAUUCUCUUGGCCACCCUUCUGCUGAAGUCGUUCUUCCUAGUCACAAAAAUCCGGGUGCAAACCCCACAAACUACAACUUGUUACCUGUUCUAGGUCUAUGUGCUCCAAAUGCUAAUCAAUUAGAGUCAUCACACAGAAACUCUUCAAGAUCUAAUAAUAGACUAAGCAAGCUAGCAACCAGACCUGACUUUCCAUUUAGUCUGCCUCCUUCCUCUGGAGCUUCUCUUGAGACAGAUGUAAAGUGUCAGGAGAUUUCCCCAGACAAACUAAAAUUUCAAGAUGCACCUGCAGAAAUCUUGCAACAGCACCACAAAAAUAGUUUGUCAGAUGGUUGGCUCCCAUUUAGACAGUGUCCUCCGCCUGUCCCACAAGGAAAGAGUUCUGAUCGUUUCGAGAGUUAUAGCUCAAGCUUUGCUGAUUUCCAGGAAAAAAUGUCGCUUCCGAAUUUACCUUUUGAUGAGAAGUUGAGGCCCAGAUUCUCAGUUCCUGCUAAAAGCAUGCCAAUUGCACAUGACUUAUUGCCUAGCUUAUCACUUGGGAGCAGACUUGAAUCUGUAAAUGACUCUGUGCAAGACCUUCCAGCGAUGCCUUUGUUGCCCAAUUUGAAAUUCCCCUAUCAGGAUGCGCCAAGAUAUAAUCAGGUAGACAAGGAGAUGCCUCCCAUGCUGGGUUUGGGUCAGAUACCAUCUGCCUAUCCACCAUUUCCUGAAAACCAUAGAAGGGUUCUUGAAAACAUAAUGAUGAGAACUGGGUCCGCAUCAAAUAGCUUGUAUAGAAAGAAAUCAAGGGCAGAUGGCUGGGCUGAAGAUGAACUUGAUUUUCUUUGGAUUGGAGUUCGUAGACAUGGACGGGGUAAUUGGGAUGCCAUGCUUAAAGACCCCAGGUUAAGAUUCUCAAAGUAUAAAGCUGCAGAAGAUUUGGCAGCUAGGUGGGAGGAGGAACAGAUGAAGAUCUUGGAUGCGCCUACAUUCUCAGGGCCAAAGAUGAUUAAGCAGGCAAAAUCCUCUAAAGCAUCCAUGUUCCCUGGUAUUCCUGAAGGAAUGAUGGCACGGGCAUUGCAUGGCAGUAGACUUGUUGCACCACCAAAGUUCCAGGCCCAUCUGACUGACAUGAAACUGGGCUUUGGUGAUCUGUCUACAAGCAUGCCACAUGAGCCAUCAGAUCAACUUGGUUUGCAAAAUGAACAUUUUGGCCCUAUUCCAACUUGGAAUCCCGACAAAUUUCGUACAAAUUUUGCUGGAGAUUCUUGUGCUGGACCCUCUUCUUCAACUGUUUCUAGUGAAAUGCCAUUUCUGCUUAAUUCUUUUGGAGCAAGCAACUUAGGCUCUCUAGGUUUAAAUUGCUCUGGCAGCUUUGAUUUACAGCGAAGAGAGGAGGAACAAGGCUUCAUGAAGCAUGGGAAGUUGCCGAGUCUUCUGGAUAGAUCAUUAAAUAUAUUGCGGGAGUCCCAAAAUAAUGUUGGAAAUGGUGAGUCCAGUAGUUCAGCUUUGUUUCCAGAACAGAAUAAGGAGCUAAACAUUUCCCAUUCAAAGGGGAAAGAAGUAGUUGGCAGCAGUUCUUCAAAGAACAAGCUACCUCAUUGGCUUAGGGAAGCUGUAAGUACUCCUGCUAAACCGCCAGAACCUGACCUGCCACCAACUGUAUCAGCAAUAGCUCAAUCAGUUCGUGUACUUUAUGGAGAAAAUAACCCGACAAUUCCUCCUUUUAUUAUACCGGGUCCACCUCCAUCCCAACCAAAGGAUCCAAGACGAACUCUGAAGAAGAAAAAGAAGCGGAGAUCACAAAUGUUUAGGCAGUUCCCACAAGACAUUGCGGGAAGCAUGCAGUAUCUUAAAAGCAGCAUUCCUAGCAGCAAUACAGCUUCAUCGUCUGUUUCACUGGCUCCAACGUUUCAAUCACCAGCACCUGUAAUUCCUGGAACUUCGGGGCUUUCAUGGAAUGAAUGUGAAUCAAGUUCUCGUUUUCCUAAUUUAAACAUGAUGCAGUCAUUGGCAUCAUCUUCUUAUUUAAACCUACCAAAGAAAACAACCAUGGGAUUGUCUCCAUCUCCAGAAGUGCUUCAAUUGGUAGCAUCCUGUGUGGCUCCAGGCCCACAUUUGCCAUCUAGUUCAGGCAUGACAAGCUCUAGCUUCCUUGAAAGCAAGCUUCCCUUAUCAAAGUCUGAUGACCAAGUAGGAGUUUCAGAUUCACAAAAUGCUGUACAGAAAAGUAAGGAUACUGAGAGCUUGCCUCCUGAAGCACAGGUCACGCUUGCAGAAGAUAAAUCAAACCAACAUGAUAGUGGUGAUUCUAGCAAGACACAGUCAGAUCCUUCCCAGACAGAACAACCUGAUGUAGAGGAGAUAUCGUCAGAGGGGACUCUAUCAGAUCAUCCUGUCAGUGAGAAUGAACCACAGCUGUAGUAUCAGAAUGAAAUAUGGAAACAUUGUCAUUCUUUCAGGCUAUUAAGUCCCAGGUAUUUUCAGUGAUGCGCUCGAAUUUUUGUAGGCAUGAUGUAAUGAGUGAUAAUUAAGAGUACAUAGGAUCAUGUAGGAGACAUUUUGUGUAAAGUUACUGUUUAGAUAAAAUGAAAAAUACAUAGUGUUUUCUGUUUGGUGUUCUUUUGUAUCCUUUUCCAUUCAAAAACUGUUAGAACUGGUCUCCAUUUUGAGCUUGACUGUAUAGGUUUAAAAGGAAACUUGAAUAUUGGUGCCCCAUCAGAAUAGGUGUUGUAGGCCAUCAAAUGGGCAGUUAUUGAAAUAAUCAAGUUAAUCCAUUACAGUUUC